UCUUCCUAGUCCGUGUAUAUUAGUCAAAUACGUAUGAGCCCAACCUUUCUGAAUUUGUAAUGUAGUCUUUCCAGAAAGACAAAGUCAAACUAUGCAUGUGUCAGUGUAUACAUAUAUAUACACAUAUAUAUCUAUAUAUAUAAAGCAACACAUAUGCUAACUAGUCUCAAUAACCCCAUCACCAUUGACCAUUUCAUCUCUAGCUCACGAAGCUUUACAAACUCGUACCUUCUUCAGCUAACAAUGCAAAGAAUCCCUAAUAAACAAGCCUAUGAGAAGCUCCAGCUUCUGACAAGGGCGUCAUCGAUGGCCGGAGACAGGACCGGCACGAGUCGGGGUUGCCAGAACGGUAGUGUGGCGUCUCCUAGGCCUCUUAACAUGUACAGACGCUCAUCGUCCCAUAAUUCAAGGGUGGUUCAGAGUAUCCGUCACGUGGUGCCGCCUACCGGUAGGUUGAGAAGGCGUUACGCCGGCAAAGAGGUUGUGAAGAGGGCUUUGACACCACCAAUCCGUCAGCCGACCCGGCGGUGGUGGGACUUCCGGCCAACGCCUAGCCGCCUCUCGACCAUGUCCACGGCUUAAGUAUUUUAGUCGAUUUACCAAUAUUCUACAAUUGCAAAGAGAGAUUUUGUAAAUUAAGCAGUGGUUCCAAAUUUGUUUGUACAUCAUUUAUAAAUGAAAUUGGUUAUUUUUUAAGUUUGUGUUUUGUUCAUCAUACAUUGCAAGUCAAUAAUUAGAUGAAAUCAUAAGCCACUUCAUUGCUACUAUUCUGGAUU